AUGAUGAUAAUGAAAUAUCAGAUUAUAAAUCUGAUAAUGCCAGAAAUGAAACUUUUUUAGAAGCAUUGCAAAGUCUAAGACCAGAAGUAUUUGAAAAGCUUAUUGAAACUGAUAAUAACCAAUCACUCCAAAAUAAACAAGAACUUUCAUUUGAUGAGAAUACUGAAUUUUUGUCUAAUGAGUAUGAGGAACUGUUAUCUAAUAAGAAUGAUGAAUUUUUAUCUAAUGAGAAUAAUGAGUUUUCAUCAGAUACAGAUACUGAGCUUUUGUCUAAAGAGAAUAAUAAGCUUUUGUCUGAUGUGAAUACUGAGCUUUCGUCUAAAGAGGAUAAUGAACAUUCAUUUUAUAUGAAUGAUGAUAAAUUUAGCUUAGAAGCACUUGAUUCAUUAUUAAAAGAAAAUCUUUCUGAUAUUAGACUUCGUACAGUUAGUCAAUUUUUUUACUUAGUUAAAGACCAUAAGUAUACUAAAAUGUCAGCUAGUGAGCUUCUUGCUCAUAGUGUUAAUAGGAGUCUAUGGCAUGCUCAAGUUAUUCUUUGUAAGUUUGUGGAAGAUGAAGCUAUUCCUGCUUUAGGAAUUGAAGAAAAAAAAACUAUCUCUAUUAAAACAGCCCAAAUAUGGUUACACAGUCUUGCAAUCUAUGAAGGAGAUGAUAUAAAUCAAGUUAUUUCACUAAGACUACUACUAAAUGUUCCAGAAAUUGUCCCAGUUACUCAUGAUGAAUUAAUUUUUUAUACUAAUAAUGGGACAAUUGGUCGGCUUUGCCUUUCGCAAGAAGAAAAAGAAGCAAAUAAUUUACUUUCUAACAACAAAUAUCUUCCUUAUACUAAUGCAGCUGGUCAUCUUUGUAUUUUUUACUCAAAGUAUCAUUGUGAGCUCAAUUAUAUUGAGUCUUUUUGGGGAGCAGCAAAACAAUAUGCAUGUUUACAUUGCGAUUAUUCUUUUAAAGGUCUUAAAAAAACUGUUCCUUAUGCAUUAAAAUCUCAUGAUCUUUCUGGAAAAGCUGCAGUUUUUGCUGUAAAAAAAUAUCGAUCUCAUUGUCAAGUACCAGAAA